AGCGAAGGUCGGGGAAAUCUCUCUGGUGACUUUCCGUUUCCCGCGUCAUGGGAAUUUGGGUUUAGGGUUGGGUUCCAUCCAAUCUUUCGACUCGGUUCGAUUUCUCUCCUGUCUGCCGUAGUCUCUUUCUUCCUUAGAGGCGCUUACAGAGGACGGACGGCGGAAGUCAGCCGGGGGCGCCAGCACCGUGGCACGAAUAGGGAUCCAUUGGGCAUGGCGUGGUUUGAUGGAUUGGAGGAACCGCGUCUCCUUAUCAGUCCUCAGAAGGAUACGACUACAAAUGUAAAUGCAGAAGGAUGUAUCCUAUCUUUAUGCCAUCCAAAAUCAGGCAAACCAACAAAUUAUGUCUUCUCAGCUGGAAAGUUGCAGGAACUUCAUUGGUUUAAGCAAUCCUGUGGAUCUUGGUUCCUAGGGGACUAUGUAUGUGAAGAUGGCAGCUUGUAUAUUGCGACUCCUAUUGACCCUAUUUUCAUCCUCUUGCCAGUUUUUGAGGCUGCCCGUAUGACGAAGGGGAAUGAUCAAGGAAUGUUUAGGCAGUUAGAUGAAAUCUUAUAUGUUGAUGGUUAUCCAGGCUAUCAGCACCUGAUGUCUGUAGCAGAAGAUUCUAUGCAGCUAGUUUCUGAAGUGAAAGAGAUUGGAUCGGCAAAGUUUUUCAGGCUUAAUGAUUCCCAGGUGCUAGCUUGGUUGUGUCAUAAGGUUCAACGCUUAAAAGCAACAUUACCAAAACUAGACAAAAAUUAUGCUGCUCAAGAGAAAAUGCUACAUCUAGUGGACAUUGUCUCCAUAUUGGGCGAAUACGUAAAAGAUGAGCCUUGGUUGACAUGCUUGUGUAGCCAUUUACAAACUUUCAGCUUGGAUAUACAAGAAAUGCAUACCAAAGUACAGAAGAAUGAAACAGAUUCAACUUUUCUAGACAACACUCCAGUCUCUUCUCGCCCCUUACAGGGUAAAGUUGGAAAUGGAAAGAGCAACUUAAGCAAUGGAAGACAAUCAAAGAAGCUAAAGACUCCAACGGAUUCACAAAACAUAAAAGACAUGUUCUACAGGGCCACAAGAAAGGGAACCUGAGUGAACCUAGAUGAAGAGGUAAUCUAGUGUUGAUCCCAUAACAAAAAGAUUGUAUCCUAAAUCUUAUGACGGCAUAUAGAUCUCAGAUGUUCCAUGUUGAACCUUGUCUAGGUAUGAGACCCCUUAACCUUGUCUUGGUUUGGAACCUUGUCCCCAGCUAGUGUGUGAUGCACAUUGGGUUUUGUAUCUCAUUUGGAACUUGCACUGAGCUGGGCCAUUAAGGCCUACAAUCAGGAUCCAGCUUGACAAAUAUUCGGUUUGAUGAGCUCUUCUGAAGAAACUGUCCCAUGAAUUGGACAGCAGAGUUAAGUCCUGCUGGAAAUUAUAUGAUCUUGGAUCAACCAAUUUAACAAUGAAAGAUGUCUAAAAGCAUGGCACCUAGGAGCUAGCCUUGCAGUUUCUAAUGCCUACGAGAAUUACUUAUGUCUGGGGUAAUCAUUCUGAAAGUAGUUUCUUUAUUUAUUAUAACUGUUACCUGAACAACUGUUAAGACUUCAAUGAAUGUUCUUCGGAUCUGCCAGAGCAAGUGCUGCACUUCAAAUAAAAGG